AUGCACGCCUCACUCGCUCUCUUCCUUCCGCUACUCGGCCUCGCAGCCGCUCAAGGCAGCUGUCGCGGCUCCAUAACUGGCAAUCGUUGCUGUCCUGGCAGUGUAAUCACGUCCGACGGCGGGGACGUCAACACCAAUGACAUCUCGAACCUGGUCUGCUGCGUCGGCGGCGACACGGGGAACUUCAACUUUGGAGCGACCGCUUGCGAAGCCGGAGCGUCUUCCGUCCCUUUCAGCCAGUUGUCCACGGUCGGCAACAACAUUCAAGAGGGUAGCACCGUGCUCAUUAGCAAUGGAAACACGAUUGUUGGGGGCACAGAGACGGCGUCUACCAUGGAGACCGAGACCAUGUCGUCCACCAGUGCUGAAGAGACGUCUUCUGGUAGCAUGACUUCCUCCGCCGCAGCUGAGGAGACGUCUGAGAGUAUGACUUCGUCUGAAUCUGCCGCUUCGCAAUCCAGCACUGGAACGAGCACGGGUGGGGCGGUCAUGAUGACAUCUGGACCGAUGGCUGGCGCGCUUGUUAUGGCUGGAGGGUUCGUGCUCGCUGUUCUGUGA